CUAAAAGAAAUCCAAGAGGGAGAGACGGUCGCUGCUGAGAGGAGUAACUAACGCUAACUCCGCAAGUCUUCGGUUCGCAGUCGGCCUGUGAUUCGUUCCCGAGCUCACAGAAUCCCCACAAAAAAAAGACUUUUUACAAUGUCUGGAGAUACGAAAGGCACACAGGAGGCCAUGAACGUUUACUGUGUGACGCUCGCUGGGCCGGCACCCUGGGGUUUCCGGCUCCAGGGAGGAAAAGACUUCAACAUGCCUCUGACCGUGUCCAGGCUGACUCCUGAAGGAAAGGCCACGCAGGCAGGAGUGGGCGUGGGGGACUGGCUCGUGGCCAUCGGAGAGAGCAACGUUGAGGAGAUGACACACGUAGAGGCGCAGAACAAGAUCAGAGCAGCAACUGACUCCCUCACUUUGACACUCAGCAGAGCUUUCCAGCCUGACGGGGGUGAACAGAAGCAGCUGGAGGUUAUUGACAAUAGAGGCGAGGGCUUCUAUGAGGAACUGUACCCUGAGAAGCACAGUCUGCGGGUGGAGAAUAUCCCAUGCUUUAUCCCCAAUGACCGCAGUAAGAAGCGUCUGAUUGAGGACACUCAGGACUGGCAGCCACGCACUGGCACCACGCAGUCCCGCUCCUUCCGCAUCCUAGCCCAGCUCACAGGAACUGACUUCAUGCAGGACCCGGAUGAUGAGAACAUGAAAAGGUCCAGCCAUGGAGUCACUCCCUGCCCCAGCAAGACCAAACCAGCAACCAAACCCGAGGGAACUCGAGCUCCAGCGCCCCCCAAGCCCCCAGCCAGCUCCGGGCCAGCCUGCCGCCCCCCGUGGGUGAUGGACCCAAACUUUGCUGAGCGUUACCACCCAGAGAAGACGAGCACAGUGGUGACCCAGCACAGCCAGCCAGCACAGCCCACACCCAUGCAGAACCGCAGCUCCAUCCUGCAGGCAGCGCAGCAGAACCCGGCCGAGAACACCGGGCGCACCCCGCUCUGCGCCGCGUGCAACAAGAUCAUCAGGGGCCGUUACGUGGUGGCUCUGGGCCGUUCCUGGCACCCAGAGGAGUUUACGUGCUGUCAGUGCCGAGCCCUGCUGGACGAGGGUGGCUUCUUUGAGGAAAAAGGCUCCGUUUAUUGCACCAAGUGCUACGACAAUCGCUACGCCCCCAACUGCGGCAAAUGCAAGAAGAAGAUAACCGGAGAGAUCAUGCAUGCCCUGAAGAUGACCUACCACGUCCAGUGCUUCCUGUGUGCCGCCUGCAAAACGCCCAUCAGGAACCAGGCUUUUUACAUGGAGGAGGGAGAACCUUACUGUGAGAGAGAUUAUGAAAAGAUGUUUGGCACUAAAUGUCAUGGCUGUGACUUCAAGAUCGAUGCUGGUGACCGUUUCCUGGAGGCCUUAGGCUACAGCUGGCACGACACGUGCUUCGUCUGUGCUCUUUGCCAUAUCAAUCUGGAGGGGAAGACAUUCUAUUCGAAGAAGGAUAAGCCUCUGUGUAAAAGUCACGCCUUCUCUCCUCUUUGAGGAGCUGAGCUCCAGCGCUCGAGUGGCAGUGAGGGAGGACAGUCCAGCUACAAGAGAGAGAACAUUUCACUUAAGUCCUUCGGCCUGGUGCGAUUGAGGGCUCUGAUUGAGCAACGUAUAAAAUUGAGAGUGGUGUUUAGAGUACUGGGCUGAUGUUUUGUAUGGGAAUUUACCAAUUUCUAUGGCAUUGUUGGGAGAAACCCAUGUAGCUUGGACUAGAAAUUAACACUUUGCAUCGUGUUGAUUUUAAUAUUCUUGAAACAUGAAGUGAUUGGAGUUAUGUUUAGAUAAAUAAAUAAAUAUAUAAAUAAAAAAAUAAUAUAAAAUGAUGUACAAGGUUUUCUCCCAGCAGAGAUGAUCGUUGUCACUGUCAUAAAGAAAUCUUAUAUCUUUGAAAAGCUAAGAGGAAAAAAAUAUGAAUUACACUGAUUAAACAAAAAUCUGCAUAAUUCAGUUCUAGAGUCGUUUGAUGUUAAAGGGUUCAUAAUAGAGACAUUUAUUGGUUCUUUCUUUUCAUUGGUGGUGAUUGGAACCAGGAGUCACAAUGUGUACAACACAAAUAUAGCCAUUUUAUUUAGUAUCUAUAAUGACCAGUGAACCUACAUGGUUUUUAGAUGUAAUGUUAGUGGCAAAAUAGCAGUAAAUCUGAAAAGAAUAGAAUUAUUUGCCUUAAAAUGACCUCUGAUGUUAUAACCUUCUAGGAGAUGGCUUUAGGAGGCAUUACACUGUUCAGAUAUCUGGUCACCACUCUAUACUUUUCUCUAAAAUGGAGCGUUUAACAUCAAACCACUCUGAACAACUUUGUUUAAAUUUCUUAAUUGUGCAGAAAUUUUGAAUAAUGGUGGAAUUCUCCUUUGUGUGAUGUAUGUUAAUGGAAUUGGACUUUGGACCACUUCUGUUGAUCUUGAGGUCUUGAAAUGGUAUUAAAGCUGGUUUUCUUAUGACAGUGACAUUAUUCUGUUCCCAGCUGUUAAAACCACAUGUACCAGAGGGAUGUCAGCCUUGUGGCUGGUGAAGCAGGCCAGCUUGCCCUACCCCUCCACUCAGCCUGCACAGAUUAGCUUUUCAUCACUGUCGGAAACUAUCAGUAUUUAUGAAUUGAAGGGCACCUUUCCCCAGACAGAUUAAGCCUGAUUGUGGGCUGAACAUGGUUUCCAGUGGGGGAUCCCCACUGAAGGUGUGUUUUUGUUCCAAGACCAGGCUAAAUCUGGGUGGAAAAGGCCUUUAAUGUAUGUCUAGCAGGCUAAAACCACUGCACUGUCUCUUCAUUUUGCCAAUACAUGCUUGUAUUUUCCAGAGAUUACCAUUUUCAUCUAGACUUUAAGGCCAUAUCAGGUGCAUCCUGUGCAAGCCAAAGGCAAACCAUAGAACCAUAUGGUAUAGAGUAGAGCAUUGAGGGCUGGUGUUAUAGGCAGAUUAAGCUCAGCUGUAUGUUACAAUGAGAUUGGCCACUCCCUGUAUAGUUAUAGCUCCAGAGCAUGUUUGCCCUGCGUAUGGAGAGCUGGCAGUAAGACUGUGAUUUACUCAGUUGCUACCUUAGCAUUGCCCUCCAAUGCCCCCAGAUGGAGCACAGACCUAGUUUUUCCCCGCUGCCUGAUUUGCUGUGCCGGGGUACUUAAGGUAAUGGCAAACCACUGAGGAAGAAAAAAGAGCCCCUGGCAGCCGAACAGCAGUGCAUUAGCACUGAUUGCGACCAUUUCAUAUUGACCCGACCAAUGAUCUUUCCGUGCCUCCAAUACUGAGUGCGCCACAUCUAUCUGCGCUAAUCCGACAGGUAACUCUAAUUAAGAAAAGGCUUAGGGCCUGCAUACGCUGAGCGGGGUUUGUGCCGACACAGUGUCUCCUGCUUAAAAAGACAUGCAAAGGAAUGGGCUAGAACUGACCAAAGAGUAGUGUUUUGCAGUAUUGCAUCUGGUAGAGCGCACAGCAUGACUGUGAAUAUGAACUAGCCCCCACUUGUCCCCACUUAGUGCUGUAAGGGCAAGUGUGCAACUUAGGGGUGUCACGAUACGUAUUAUGUCCUAAUUUUUUUCAAUACAAACUGUCGAUUGAGUACAGAUUUCAUGCUGUAAAAUGGGUGAUAAUGGGAAAGGUUUUUAUAGCUGUAUUUAACACGAUAUUCCAAAAAGUGAUGAAUACAAAGGUUAAAAAAAAACUGAACUCAGAACUGUUUCCAGUGUCGCGUACAGUAAUGAUGGGAAAAGUGUUGCAGUUCAAACAGUAACAGUGUGCUGACACUGCUCAACGUGAGUAUCAAAUACACCUCAACUAUGCUAACUCAUUUGUAGACGAAACACAAGAGGGUCAGCCACCAGAGCGAGAACGCAAAGCUGAAGUUAGCGUCUUACUUGCCAGUUUUGUAUUCAAUUUCCUACUCCACCUUAAAUGGACCAGCAAUAUUCCAUUAGGAAGCUGGAUAAACACCAAGUCACAGCUGCUACUUCUCCCAACAAGAUUCAAGCAGUCGCAAAGUGCUGACUCUUUUAAAAAAAAAAAAAAAAAAAAAGGAAAACAAAUGACUCUGUAUGGAUGCUUAUUGCUUCUGAUUUGUGCCACCAGUAGGAGUGAGUGAGCCACAUUAUGAAUCUCUCACUCAGUUUAGCCAGAGGGAAAGAUCUGCAAGAUCUGAUGCUUUGAGAUGUGGCCUCACAGACUACAGUUUAUUACAUUAGUUAUUUAUUACAAUUUAAUAACACAUGGUUGCCAAAGAAGCAUUUGAAAUAUGGAAUAUAGGUCUUGAUCGUCUUACCAAAAAAAAUCAAUACAGGCGAAAGUGAUCAUUUCUUUUCUAAUGCUGUAUUGAAAACGGCAGUAUGUAUUGCGAAAACUGCGUAUUGUUCCACCCCCACAAGAACGCUUAUCAGUGGAUUAGCUUGUUUCAGUGUAGCCAGGGUUUUAAAGAACUACUCCAGCAGUUUCAACCUAAUCUGCUGCGUCUAUACCGCAUGGUCUGUAACCAGACAGUCAUUUUUAUGCAUUACCUAUUUACUCUAAACACUUGCAGUAGAAGUCAGUGGGCCUCGUUCACGAAUCUUAAGAAGAAAUUUCUUUUGGAAAUCCUCUUAUGCAGUUUUGAUGAAGACUCUGGUGUUAACCAGUGUUUUCUUAUUUGGAUUUUUUUUCUUGGGUAAGAACAGAAUCUACAUACACUCAAGAGCACAAAGGUGUGAACAAUUCUGUGGUCAUAAAUCUGACAGACUUUUUCUUAGGACCUUUUCUCAAGAACAAAGCAGGUGCUGUAACCCUUUUCACUGGCUUCUAUUGCUUGUUUUGAGUUUAACAAAAAGAAAACAUCUUUUUCUUGGAGCCUCCCCGACUUGAACACUCCAGAUUUGACCAAUUCUUUACAAGCAGACUCAUAAAUAAGUGGACCCUAGGGCUGCACGAUAUGGUCAAAAUGCUAGUAUUGCGACGCAGUGAAUCAGCUGCUGGAAAUAAAGCUGUUUUUCUGCCUGGGCAAGAACAACAGUUGGCUGUAGUCGCUAAAAUGUGAGGUUAAAGCAAGUUAAUUUCACUUUUUUGUAUUAGAAUUUUAUUUACCUUAGAUUCAACAGAGAGUUCAGGCUCAUUUUUAAAAGGGCAUGGUCAUUUAGUUGAUUUUUCCGAGUCAUCAAGUGAGCACUUCGGAAUGAAGUGUUUCGGCGGCUGUGGUGAUAACAGUUAUUUCUGGUUGCUGUAGAUGGACGUACAGCUGUCACUGCUUAAAGUCCCUAAUGUGACACUGGCCUGCACUAUUCUGAUCAAGGUACUUGACUUAAAUCUGUUCAUUACAUGAGUAUCCUGAUUCCUCAAAACACCUACAGAAAAACAUAUCUGGAACUGUGAUUAGUCGAGAUGCUGUGCAGCACUAUUGCAGAAGGAAGAAAAACAUGCAGACGGGGGGCUCAUAAUUAGAACCGACUACCACUGCGCUACACGGCAACAGGGACCGGCUUCCAUCAUUACUCCCCAGCACCUGCCGUGCGUCUGUGGAUAUUUGCCAAUAACACUUUCAAUAUCAAUCCCAUUUUUAAAAUCACUUCAGCUCUGCUGGCAUGCUCAGUUUGUCCUGUAGCAGUUUUGGCCUAAAUGGUGUGCUGAGGUUUGCGUCAUCAAGCUCGUGCUCCACCUGCACUCCAGUGGUGGCUGCUGUUCUUUUGAAGAGAAUUGUUUGUGCUUAUAGUGCAUGUAGCACACGUUCUGUCCAGAAUGGCAGUGAGAUCCUGUCCUUAUCUGAGAUGCUUCUGAGUUUAACACAAAACCAAACACUCCACUGAAAUGCAGUAUAAUGUUCUUUUUUUUGUGCCUCUUAUUUUUUUAUAUUAAAAAUAUUCCUUGUAUUAAGUGCCUUUUUCAAUAGCUUUGCAACUACAGACCUUAUCAUGAUGUAUCUUAUUCAAAAUGAAAACUGCUGUAUUCUGUUUUUUUUUUCCACAUUAGAGUUUUUAUGCAAGUCA